AUGGUCGGAGGUUGCCCAAAAAAACGCCAAUGUAAGGUCAAAUUAGCUCUGGCGACCACCAUUGAGCACCCAGAGCUGGUCCAGUUUCGAAAGAGAGUCCGUAAGAUUGUCGCAAGUGCCAGUCAACGGGGGCCCAGGCGAGAUUACCGAGGCCGAAGGCAUCACCCUCUUGGCCGGUCCCCCAAGCCCCGAUGGACGAGACAGGUCCUUAAUGAGGUGGACGCGCUCAUCGAAGACUCCGUCUUGUUGGAAAUCGUCACAAUCUCCGGGGCAGCAAUCACGGUCAAGUUGGAGCAACGACCGGCCAUAGUGAUUCACCUCUACAAAGAGGAUGAAAGACAGAAUCUGAUGCAUGAUCCAAUCCGGUCCCAACAGCCGAUGCAAGAGCUCAAGUCUCUAGAGCCAAAUCAGAAGCCACUGAAUUUGCAUACCAUUACCGAAACUAUGGUCUCAUUCAGAUACGGAUAUGCUGGAGAAAAGGCUGUCGAACAUCAAUCAGGUUUACACUCGAGGAGCUGCGACACAACCCUUAGGCAUAGGUUCGUUACCAAUGUGCAACCAAAUGAGUGCGCCACCGCAAAUUCUGACCUCAAGAGUUCUCCAUGGGACAAAACCCGGAUCUGCAAAGUAAUGAUAUCGAUAGGCAUCGAUGAACAAGGGCCACCAUGUUUCCAGAUCGACCCGGCCAGAUACUUUGUCGGGUACAAGGCCACCGCCACAGGGACCAAGCAGUCCGAGGCAGCCAACCAUCUCGAGAAACAGUUCAAGAAAGAAGGCCCAAAUGCUGUCAACUCGGUCGGAAACGGCGCGAUCAAAUUGGCCAUCACUACCCUCAAUACCGUCCUAGCUACUGACUUCAAAGCGACCGAGAUCAAGAUCGGCUUGGUCACUAAUGAGAACCCCGAGUUCAGAGUCCUUUCAACCGAGGAAGUAGAAUUUAUGAGUGUGAAAAUACAAGAUCAUAAUCAUCUUUACUGUCCAAAUAGAUCCACUGGUUGCAUAUGGAUCUCAAAUGCAAUCCACCUGUCCUCAAGAGAAUAA